AUGGAUACCGCAUUUCCAACAGGGGGGACGGCUGAUGCAGCGCCCGCCAAAUACAUUCCCCCCCAUCUCCGUCGCCAGCAGCAGCAGCAGCAGCAGCAGGGGCCAGGCGCUUCAGCAGCAGCAUCAGCAGGUUCCCCUUCGGCCUCGGUGGGUGGCGCGUACCCUUCUUACCCGUCUACAGGGGGGGGAGGAGCAGCAGCUUGCACGGGCCCCCCACGCCCAGUUUCAGGGGCCCUGGGGUCUAUGAAUGGCCGCCGCAAUCCGCAGGGGUCCUCUCCUGAGGCUCGCGGCCGCUUUAGUUGUUUAGCUGACCGUCCCUCUCCGGCCAGCGACUUCCGGGGGCCCCACGGGGACUCGCGAGGAGGCGGAGCGGGUGUCGCCCCUGAUGGACACAGCGCACCGCGUGGAGGCCCUGGGGCCGGUGGAAGCAGCAGCUGGAGCGGGGGGGGGAGGCCACCCCGCCCGAGUCAGACAGGAACGGGGUGGGAUGUGCGUGACGGCCGCUCUUACAGGCCUGAGCGCGCAGAUGAUGUGUUCAGUCCUGAGAAGCAGCAGAGCACCGGCAUUAAGUUUGAUGCGUACGACAAGGUGCCUGUAGAGCUGAAGGGACGGGGGUCCGAGAGGAUUAUGCCUGUAGAGUCGUUUGAAGAGGUGGGCUGCAAGUUUUCUCCUCUUCUUAUGGAAAAUGUCUCGCGUGUAAACUACAGCAGACCCACACCAAUUCAGAAAAACUCAAUCCCCACCAUUCUAGCAGGCAGAGAUCUCAUGGCCUGCGCGCAGACAGGCUCAGGGAAAACGGCAGCUUUCUUGUACCCCAUCAUUGCGCAAAUGCUCCAGACGGGGCCACCGCCUUUGCCUGCUAGCGAACGUGGAUCAACCAGCGCGUACAGAAGGAGCGUCUUUCCUGUUUGUCUCGUCCUUUCACCCACCAGAGAACUAGCAAUGCAAAUAUACCAAGAGGCCCGCAAAUUCCAAUUCGGAACUGGCAUCCGAACGGUGCCGGUUUAUGGCGGAUCUCAGAUCAAACGACAGCUCAUGGACUUAGAUGCAGGAUGCGAUAUUUGCGUCGCAACACCAGGCAGACUUGCAGACGUUCUUGAAAGGAAGAAGAUUCGUCUUGCUUUGGUGCGCUACCUGGUGCUGGAUGAGGCGGAUAGGAUGUUGGACAUGGGAUUUUUGCCCCAGAUAAAGUCCAUUGUAGAUGAUUUCGACUUGCCUCCGUGCCCUUCUCCCGGCAGCGUUUCAGAAGAAGGACCCGGGCGCGGUCGGCAGACUAUCAUGUUUUCUGCGACGUUCCCGAAGGAAAUUCAAAUGCUAGCCAAGGAUUUCAUGCACGAUUACAUCUAUUUGGCAGUAGGACGCGUGGGGAGCACGAACGAGUUCAUUCGUCAGCGGCUGUUGUAUGCAGACGAAGACCAGAAGAUCAAGUUGUUGGUGAAUCUGUUGCGCGAGUCGGAAAAGGGUUUGGUGAUUGUGUUUGUAGAAACAAAGAAGAAAGCAGACAUGAUCGAGGAUUACCUUUUGAAUGAGACGUUUCCGGCUAUUUCAAUUCAUGGCGACCGCACCCAAGAAGAACGCGAAGACGCACUGCGGCAUUUCAAGUCGGGUCACAGGCCGAUUCUGGUGGCUACCGACGUGGCAGCCCGCGGCCUCGAUAUUUCGAACGUUAAACAUGUCAUUAACUACGAUUUGCCUUCCAACAUUGACGACUACGUACACCGCAUAGGCCGUACAGGCCGUGCGGGCAACCUCGGCUUGGCCACCUCCUUUGUCAACGAACAAAACAGACCAAUUCUACGCGAUCUGCUGCAUCUUUUGGAAGAGGCGAACCAGGAAAUACCCGGAUUCCUUCAUCCUCUCGUCGUCUCCUGCACCUCUUCCUCGCUGCGUCUGGGAGGCAGGGGGGGCUUCGGCCGCAUGGCGAGCAGCAGCAGCAGUAGAUUCGGGGGAGGUGGGGGGGGCUCGUUCAGCCGCUCCUCUGCCACAGCGGGCUCGUCGUAUUCAAUUGGAGGCGGCAGCCGCAUGACGGGAGGGGCAUCAGAUUGGCGAUCGGAGGUCCCAGGACGACCCACAGGCUUCUCUGCAGGCAUGGGCUUCGCAGCAGAACGCAGCGGCGGGCCUGCGCGAGAUGCAUGGUAG